GAGUCAAAGGCAACAUCUGGCGAGUUUUCUUCUUCUUGCUGGGGCUGCGAAGGCGACUGGAAAUGUCUUUUAUUCACGUGGACGAGAAUUCGGAUUUCCCCAUUCAGAACCUGCCCUACGGGGUUUUUUCCACCAAGGACCAACCCAGGCAUAGGAUCGGAGUAGCCAUCGGCAACCAAGUGCUGGAUCUCAGCGCUGUUAAGCACCUGUUCAAUGGCCCGAUCCUUUCAAAACAUCACCACGUCUUCGAUCAGCCAACCCUGAACCAUUUCAUGGGACUGGGCUGGGAAGCCUGGAGGGAGGCGAGGGCUUUUCUCCAAAAGCUGCUCUCUGCGGACGAGCCGACGCUGAGAGAUGAUGCGGAAUUACGCAAAAGAGCAUUUGUCCCUCAAGCGUCUGCUAACAUGCAUCUUCCUGCUGAGAUCGGAGAUUACACAGAUUUCUAUUCCUCCUGGCAACAUGCUACCAACGUCGGCAUCAUGUUCAGAGGGAAGGAGAAUGCCUUGAUGCCUAACUGGUUGCACUUACCUGUUGGAUAUCACGGCCGUGCCUCUUCCGUCGUCGUAUCUGGGACACCAAUAUGGAGGCCAUUGGGGCAAAUGAGGCCUGAUGACGCUAAGCCUCCAGUGUUCGGUGCUUGCAAACUUCUGGAUAUCGAGUUAGAGAUGGCAUUCUUUGUGGGGCCUGGAAACAGACUCGGAGAGGCUGUGCCCAUCGGUGAAGCUCACAAACACAUCUUCGGGAUGGUCCUAAUGAAUGACUGGAGUGCUCGUGACAUUCAGAAGUGGGAGUACAUUCCGCUGGGCCCGUUUUUGGGCAAAAGUUUUGGUACGACCAUCUCUCCCUGGGUGGUGACGAUGGAAGCUCUCCAACCGUUUGCACUGCCAAACCCCGUCCAGGAUCCUAAACCUCUGCCUUACCUCUGUGAUGACCAGCCGUAUACUUUUGACAUCAACCUCUUUGUCUCUAUUAAAGGAGAGGGAAUGAACAAGCCAGCUAAUAUAUGCCAUUCGAACUUUAAGCACAUGUACUGGACCAUGAAACAGCAGCUAGCCCAUCACACCGUCAAUGGCUGCAACCUCAGGCCCGGAGAUCUCCUGGCCUCUGGAACCAUCAGCGGACCUAAUCCUGAAAAUUUUGGUUCCAUGUUGGAGUUAUCUUGGAAGGGAACAAAAGCAAUUGACCUUGGGAAUGGCCAGUCCCGGAAAUUUCUGCAAGAUGGGGAUGAAGUCAUUAUCACAGGCCACUGCCAGGGAAAUGGUUAUCGAGUCGGCUUUGGGGAAUGCUCUGGGAAAGUGCUCCCAGCCAAAGUGAUCUGAGUAUCGUCUUUCAAGAGUAUCCAAGAGAAGGAGGAAGAAUUCCUUUCGUAAUGUUUUCUUCCAGUUUCGGACAUUACUGUUUACUGGUACAAAAGAAUGUUAGUUUUUCUCUCUGUAACAACUUUUGAAACAACUAAAUUUUUGUAAAGGA